AUGGUGGGUGCAUUAAGGGGGGAGGCGGUAGGCGGGUCACAAGGCGGGGCGCAGGGUGCUGAGGUGCGCUCGGGCGCCUCGGACUCGCCCACCCGAGCUCGCAGUCACACCGCACUCGUCAGUCUCGUCGCGCGUAACAGCAGCAGAUUGGAGCAUCUAAUAGAGAAGAUACAAGCAAAUAAAGAAAACCACGACGUAACUUCAGAAGACUUAAAACAGGCACUGGGCAGCGUGGGUAGUACGGCGGGGAGCUCGUGGCCGUCGUCGACGCCGGAGCCGUCUCCGUCGCCGGCCUCCACGCCCACGUCGGCGGACGCUGUAGACGCCGACAACGACGCAGACCCACCGUUCACUCUUGGCGCUACUGAGCACACACCUUAUAAAUGCCAGUUCUGCGAAAAAGCAUUCCCUAGGCUAUCAUACCUCAAGAAACAUGAACAGACUCACUCUGACCAGAUGCCUUUUCGGUGUGAAUUCUGUUCUCGACUGUUCAAGCACAAGAGAUCACGAGAUCGCCACGUAAAAUUGCACACCGGUGACCGAAAAUACCGCUGCGCGCACUGCGAAUCCGCUUUCUCUAGAAGUGAUCAUUUGAAGAUCCAUAUGAAGACUCAUGACAACCAAAAGCCAUUUCAAUGCACAGUAUGCAAUCGUGGAUACAAUACGGCUGCUGCACUCACAGCACACAUGCAAGGUCAUAAGCGAGAACGCGAGGGUCGGGAAACUGAUCGAAAGCGAGCUUUACGUUGUUUACACUGUGGGGAUGCUUUUCGACGUCCUGAGAUGCUUCAAGCUCAUAUGUCAAGUGUUCAUGGUAUGGACGCAACAUCUGUGACUCCACCGCGUCGAGUAGCCUCUCAACCACCGCCAACGUUACUCGCUUGUAUAUAUUGCACUCGCGAUACUUUUACUAGUAUGGAACAGUUACAAUUACAUGUACGCGCUGCUCAUUCAGCUCUACUCAAUGGAGAAUCUCCUAUGCAUUAUUCAUUAGAGCAACCUGUGCCUACUGAUCUAAGUAGAAGAAGUCCUGAAGAAGCUUCUAUUGCAAAACGUCCAAGGUUAAGUUCGGAUUCUGCAAUCCCAAAAGUACCACUUUCUCCAAGUACUCUUUUGUGCAAUCAGUGUGAUGCAGCUUUACCAGAUUUUGAAGCUUUUCGAGCACAUUUAAAAGGUCACCUAGAAGAAGGUGGAGAUAUAGGUAGGUCCAGCCCAGCGCCUUGUCUCCACUGUGGUGCUACAUUUGCGGACGCUACCGCUUCCGAACGACAUUUAGCCGCUCAUUAUCUUGCCGUGUCUUGUGAAUAUUCCUGUCACAGCUGUGUACGCAGUUUCUCGAGUUCUGAAGACUUACAAAAACAUCUCCUUGACCUUCACACACAUCACUUAUAUCGUUGUACUCUUUGCAAAGAAAUAUUUGAUUCAAAGGUUGCUAUUCAGGCACAUUUUACGGUGGCUCACACUGGAGAAAAUAAAGUUUGGGUUUGCCGGUCAUGCGGUGCUGCUGGUGGUCCGCUGCGUUCUGAAGCUGAGGGCGCGGCUCACGUCCGCGCGCGCCACGCCGCCGCUCGUUGUGCGUGUGGAGCAAUACUAGCUGGCUCGCGAGCCUUACGAGCACACGCAGCCGCUCAUCAUUCCUACCGCUGUCCCGUUCCGUCUUGUAACGAUACAUUCGCUGUCCAAUACUUACUCGAGCGACAUAUACAAGUACAUCACACCGUAGUACAUCAGAAUGUAAAUGGGGAAACGAGGUCUAAACGUGGAGAAAAUAACAAUGCAAUCGAUGGUGAUGAUGCGUGUACUCCUCGUGUUCCUAGUGGCGAUGGAAAUGGACCUAUGGCAAGUGUCAGUGAUGAUCGUCGCCGUAAAAAUGGCGCAGUGGCUCUACAGUGUGCGUACUGCGGCGAGCGUACCCGAAGUAGAGCCGAACUAGAAGCGCACACUCGUGCUCAUUCAGGAACUGGAGCUGCGCGACAUAAAUGUCUUAUAUGUGAUGAAGUACUCCCUUCAGCCGCUGUUCUUGCUGAACACAAAUUAACGCAUUGCAAGGUAGUCGCUGGUGAUACAUGCUCUCGAUGUCGUUCACGACUACCGACGGAGGAAGCUUUUUUGAACCACAUGGCUCGUCACCAUCCCGCUCUGCCUGCGCCUUGUGUUGUAUGUCGCCAAACUUUAGGCUCAGAAGCAGAAGCACGACUACAUGCAAGAUUCCAUUUAAGACCAUCGGAAGAUGAGCAAAGAUGUGCCAUAUGUCUUAGGCCUUUAACUGAAACAGAAGCAGGAGAAGGUGCACGGGCAUGCACUGCUUGUUAUGCUCGGCAUGCUGCUCCAAGACCUGCGCCUUCAGCUGAACAUGAUUGUAGACUAUGCCGUAGAACUUUAGGCUCACCUACACGAUUACAGGCUCACUUAAUUGAACACACAUUUGCCGGUAUUGGAGCAUUCACCUGCUACUUGUGUUCUGCAAUGUUUACAAGUGCCGCAGGCUUGCAAAGGCAUUUACCAGAACACGCUGCUGCACCAAGGCCAUACGAUUGUGCUCGAUGUGGCCUCAAAUUUUUCUUCAGAGCAGAACUCGAUAAUCAUGCAUUUGUUCAUCUUGAAGAAGCAGAGAUAGCGCAAAGAGCGUUUUAUGAAGUUUACGCACGCGAAGCUGCAUCAGCAUGGGCUGCUAUGCAACCUACUGAUCUAGCGCUGCAAUCAUCAAGUAUGACUCCAGCACCUGUGACUGAUAUACCAAUAAAACAAGAACCAGAAGUAAAAGAGGAACGGAAUGAUGAAUAUAUAGAGGUGUCGUCUCCCCCUCCUUCAGUACCACUUCAGUCAGAUAUUACGUCAUCGUCUCCACCGAUAAUAAAACAGGAAAAGAAUAAUGAAGACUGAGAGGGGGUUUAAUAAACUUUAUCGUCCGGAGUGGGAUCCGCUCCUACUGCAAUAUUAGAUUACGUCCUUUCAAACUUUGCACUAGUUAGUUUUGUUAAAAUUAUAUCUGUUAAAAUUGAGCGUUUAGAACGCUGAGGUACCUAUAUAAAGUACAUAGAUAGAUCACAACUAUCUUUUAUGUCGGGUAGGCCUCGUAUGUUUUAUAAUGUUUACACGCCUAUUUGUACAAAUUUGUUAACUCAAUAAAUAAUUGUGUUAAUA